CAACACUGACAUUGUCUACUUUUACUUUUGACAUUUAAAUAUUGUAAACACAAAUACAUGCAAAUACUUCUGUAAAUAAUGUCUGAUAAAAAAGAUUUCAAAAAUUUUAGGCGAAUACAUAGAGCAAGAAGUGAACUUCUUCAUACAAGUACUCCAGAAUCAAUCCGAAGCAGCUUUAGAAACAGUUUUUAUAGCCGAUUAAAGACUAACCGCAGCAGGAGCGUCGACAGGUUCAGGCAGAUUGUAGAAGACUAUGGGCAAUUGAUAAGUUAUAGAUCAAUUUCAGAUUUGAGAAGAGUUCUAGAAUCAGAUCUGGAAGCUUCUACCCUAAUGAGAGAAUCUGAAGUCAACCAUCUCUUGAAUGAAAUCGAACAUGAAUUAGCCCAAGUUAAUCUACAGGACGAGGCGGCCCUACAUGUAAUACAAACACAAAUUGAACAAGAAGAAAUGCUUAACCGUCUUUUAAUUACUUGUAAGAUAUGUCAAAAUCAAAAUACGGAAGGAAUCAUAUGCCCAAAUUGUGCUGUGGAUUUACAGAAUGAUGAAUAUUCAAAAUAAUGUGUGUUCAUAACAAUGUUACCUUGAAAUUUAUGUUAUUGUUGACAGAAGAUCAAUUUGGUAAAUAGUCUAAUUUGUCAUACUUUUACAAAAUGGAAUAUAAUCAUAUUAUUUAGAUUUUUACAAGACUGAAUAUGUUUAAUAGUUUUUACUGCAAAUUUUUUUUAGUUAAUACAUAUUUUUAGAGAAGAUUGUAUCUGAAAGUUUGAAAAAUGUCAAAUUAUUUUAAAUGAUAAUCCUAUGACACAUAUCCAUAAUGCUGCAUUAUUAAAAGUUUUUUUUUACAACCCAUACAUGAUAUAAAAGAACAGAAGAAAUUGUGAUCCUGGUGCCUUAAAUUAUUCUUUUUUUCUCACUGGUAUCAAAUUUUAUUCAGAAAUAAUAAAUUUUGCAGAUAUUGAACAUUUGUAUGUAGGUAAUGCGUAUUUUAAAUUAAUUAUUCAAAACUUCAGAUACAAUUUAAAUUAGACUAUUUCAACCAAUUUUUUAAAUUCCUGUAGAUCUUUUAAGUAGUUAGUCUGAGUACCUAAUUAUAUUGUGAUUGUCAUAAAAAUUGAAACAUCUGUUACUUGUUUUUUUUCUGACAGUAUAAUUUUGAUGAUAAGCAGUUUUCAAAAUUAUAUUCUUCCAAGUUUAAAUUAAAUGUUGACCUGUCAUGACCAAAUGAUUGUAAUUGAUGUACCAUUAGAAAUAUAAAAAUGUGUGAAAAAUGUAUGGGCAAAUACUUAAAACAGUAUAAUUUAUAAUAUCUCAACACAUUUUUGUUUCAAUUUUUAUUGAGUGCAGAAUGUACUGUUAUGUGAUAUUAAAAAUAAAGGUGUUUUUUUAUA